AUGUCUUCGCCGGAGACACCCAGGGAUGACGCCCAGAAGGGUCUAGGAAAGGCCAUCAAUUCAUCCACACGCCUCCUCCACAGAACGCUCAACAAGCUCAUCCUCGAGCGGCUGCCCUUGGUUCUCCCACCCCGUGUCAGCAAACCCUCACAAUACACCACGGGGAUUCUACACAUAGCCUCCGUAUACAUCGCCUUUGAGACGCUAUGGCGGCAGGUUCUCACCAAGCCCGUGCCGGGCGACGGGACCGCCGGCCAUCCGUGGUGGGCUCAGAUCAUCGAGUUCCCCGUCGGCCUGCCGAAGCGGACGCACUUUGAGUCGUACGCCGAGCUCCCGCCCAAGCUCUCCGAGGAGGGCCGCGACACCGUACGCCAGCUCCUGACCGACAUGCACAUGCCCGAGCUCGAGAGGGCCGCGCGGCUCGUGGCGGACGUACGGGCCCUGACGGGGUGGACGCGGGACGAGGUGGCCCAGGAGAUCAAGCUGCUCACCGGCAGCGGCGACGACGACGACGGUGACGAGACCGGGCUGGUCGCCUUUGUCAGGCACACGGCGUCGUCGGUCGCGCUCGCGCCGCACGUCCUGCUCGCGCACGGCUGGGUCAUGUAUAUGGCCCUCUUCUCGGGUGGCCGAUACAUUCGCGCCACCCUCGAGACGGCAACGGGCCUCCCCGACGCCCAAGGCCGCGCCGACCCGUCCUUCUGGGCCGCCGACCCGGGCCCCGUGCCGCCCGGCAUGCGCCCGUGCGUGCGGGCGAGCGACGUUUUUCCUCUCAACAGCUCCGCCGCCGCCGCGGCGCAGGCCGAAGACGACGACUCGAUACUCGGCGACGGCGGCCACCCGUCGUGCGUGCGCUUCGUCACCGGCGAGGCGGACCCGGACCCGCGCCGCGGGCGCCUGCCGCUCGACUUUCUGCACUUCGCCACCCGCCGCGACGGCGAGGACCUCAAGGAGGAUUUUAAGCGCCGCCUCGAGGCCGCCGGCCCGUCGCUGUCGCCCGCCCAGCGCGACGACGUCGUCCACGAGGCUCGCCGCGUCUUCCAGUUCCUGAUCCGCAUCGUCGGCGACCUCGACGACAUCUGCGGCGGGCCGGCCGCCGCCGACGCCGCGGCGCCGACGACGAUGUUCCCCGGCGAGGACUCGGCCCCCUCUGCUCCUCCUGGCGCGUGGCCCGACGACGACGACGACGACGACGCGGCCUCUCCCGGGGUCGAGGCUGCCCCUGAGCUGCGGCAAGGCGCGGAUGACAGCGGCAGCGGCAGCGGGCUCGCUGGAGAAGCCGAGGAUGCUGUUGCCGACACCCCCAGCAUGAGGUGGUCCGGUUUCGUGGCGUCUGGAAGACUCAGAGACAGCAUCGCUGUUUCCAAGGAGCGGACGGCCAAGGCCAUGCUCAAGCGGAAGGAGCAGAAGCAGAGGUCUUCUGGGCAUGGACCGUGA